CGCUCACAAUCAAGUUCGCAGUGCUGCAGCGAUGUUAUAAACAGCUGGGCCUGCAAAUGUCAGAAAUAAUCCGACACUCAAUUUCGCUUGUAAAUUCCAGAAUUUAUCCAGAUGAAUGAGUCAUAUUUUGCUAUUAUCUUGGAAACUUAUGGAAACUGACAAGCUAUAACCUAUGGAAGAAAUUCACUUGCUAGUUCAGGAUGAAGGCCUGUCCAAGAACGCUAUUGCCUUCAAUGUCCCUGUCGAUAAUUUAAUGUCGCCACAGCCAGAAACUGAGACGGUAAAAAUAUCGAAGAAACCUCCUGCAACACCAACUCGUCAGGAUGUGAAAAGAGACAUAGAAAUUCAAAGAUCUAAGAGAAACUCAGAAUGCCUUGGUCAAGGGUGCAGAACAAGGUCUGCAUCAGCAGGCAGGGACAAAAAAUCCGAAAUGAGAGAUGUUUAUUGGAGCAUGUUGGUGCGCAAUUUUACAAGGAUGGUUGAAGAUGUUUUCCAAACCUGUGAAAAGACUGACAGUGUACCACAUUGUCAGAGCAUCGUACUGAUUUUGGAAAACUCACUUCGUGAUUUUAAGAAUCUUAUUUCUUGGAUGGAACUUAAAUGGAAGUUUGAAAACACUCCUGUGAAAGAGAGGCCUAAGUCUUUAGCUUGGGAAGUCAGGAAGUCCUACACGCUUGGUCGUUCAACAUCCGAGAGUUACUGGACCCCAGACGAGAUGAAGAAGUUUGAGAGUUUUUCCAUGGCUAAAACUCCAAACCGAAGUCUGAAUUUCAACUCUUCUGAAUUUGAGAAUGCACUGAAAGAGAUCAGAGCAGCUGAAAUGGAAAAAGAAAGCAAGGAUAAAGAAGCAGAUACUCUUGCGAAUCAGCCCACAAUUUCUGAGAGCAGCUUGGUUGUGAUUGGUGACGCAACUUUUCCCUCUGUUUCGUCUCAAACAGAUCUGGAAGAGGAAACAACUGUCAUCCCUGAACCGCAGAUCGUGGAAGCAAUCCGCAGCAAAAAAGAAGGAUGUUGCCAAACUGAUGAUGUUGACUUGGAAAGCCUCGGCUUAGAUCCUCUGGAGGCUGUGAAACAGGAGGAGAAGCCGAAAGUUACACCAAGAACAACAGCUUCAGUCAAGCCAACCAUGGCAUCUGCCUUGAACCAGAAAGCUAGCCUGCCCCAAAGACCUGCAGGCCGAGGCAGAUCUGCUCCCUUUGUUCCUAUUGGUGCUCAGCCUAAAGUUGCUAGAAGCUCUUUUGACGCAAAAUCUAGCCCUGCUUUCCAAAAUCGAAGUUUUGUGAAACGCCCUGCGGACCUUAAACCUCGGCCGACGACCGCACCUGUAACAAGAACCAAUCCUUCUCGUUUGGGAAUUUCAACUACUUCCACUUUGCCAAGUAAACCUAACUUUGGUGUGGUUCGAGGGGUCAAGAACAAAACUCAAGAUUUUAACCAGAUGCCUACAAGACAGUUUUUACGGUCAGCUAAGGAUUAUGAGCAAGCUGCACUUCCUGAGCGAAGCAACUCAAGCAGCUCAAUAAACAGUUCUUCCAGUAGAAGCAGCUGGGCUGAUAAGGUCCGAGGACCUGCUGCAGCUGCCCUCGCCACAACCGCGGAAGUUCAUUCUGUGGAAGAUUUGCUGCAUAAAACAAAAGAGGCUGUCUCCCCAGAAGACGAUGGCUGGAAAAUGGUGAAGACUCGUUCCAGAUCAAAAAUAUCACCUGGAGGGAAAAUUGAUACUCUUCGACGUAGUGCCACCAUCAUCAAAAGCAGUCAGGAUCUUGAAGUAGGCCUUUUCCCAAAGAACCGUUUCCAUCAGCCUUCGACUGCUAGAUCUCUUCCUUCACUGGCAUUGAGUGUGAACGAAAAAAAGGAGUGCGUGAAGAAGUCGGUCUCAAAGGUCCAGGUUACUCGGCCUGAAAGGAAGGUUGCGCCUGUCAAACCAACCACAAAACCAAAGCUGACCUCGCUAGAAACCAAGGCAUCUAAAAAGUCAUCCAGUCAAUCUGCCAAAUAUGACAGUGUGAUCAAGAGCACUGAGAAGCUAACAACUGAAGAUAAAAAGGAGAACCAAUUGCAACUUCCUAUGGUUGAUUUCAAGUUUGUCAACGGCAAAAUUAGUCCCGUUCCUUCAGAGUCUGAAAACUCAUCUCCGGAGCAUGUUUCAAAAAGCGAAAGGGGAGAUUCCGAUAGAGAAGAGGAAGAGAAGCUGAACAGAGAAACUGAAAAGUUGAACCAAGAAGAGGCCAGGCUUGAAAGGGAAAUCAAAGAACUUCAAACAGAGUAUGAUGAUAUGGAGUCAAAGCCUGUCGACUCACAAUCAAAUGAUGAUGAUGCUGAAAUCACUGAUUGGUAUGAACUAUGUGAGAGGGAAAGCGCUGGAGAGCUUUUCCAAGACGAAGUUAAGGAUUUGGCCUCACAUCCUGAAAGGAUAAUUGAUCUGCAUCAAAAACUGUCUUCUCCGUCUAGAAGGAAAAUUAACAAUGAGAAAACCUUUUUGGAAAAGCAAGAGAGUGCUCAAGAAAAGCGACAAAAGUACUUAGAAGAGUACAAAAAGAAAAUACAUGAACUCGACAAAAAGAUCAAAGAGGUUCAAGCUGCUAAAGAACACAACAACCAUCUCAAAAGAGAGAAAAUUGAGCAAAAGUUAAAGCGAGCAGAUGAAAUUCGCAAUCGUUUGCUUGAGGAGAAAAAGCGAAAAGCGCAUGAUGAAGAAGAGAAAGGCAAAGAGAUUGCUUUCAUUGUUGCCAUUGAAGCCCAAAACAAACGCCAUGACUACUUUGUGCAAAAGCAGGAAGAAGAGGAGAGGCUUCAGGGAAUUCAAGAAGAGAGACAAAGAAGGCAGGAAGAGAAAGCAGCUAAGAAGGCAGCUGCUGAAGAAAGGAAGAAACACCUAGACGCAGAAAGACUUGCAAAAGCGGAAAAAAUAAUGGAAAAGUGGAGAGUGACCGAGGAGCGAAUAGAUCGAGAGCAGCAAGAAAAGGAAAAGGAAAGACUCGAGCAGGCUCGAGAAAAAGCAAGAGAUCGAGAGGAAAGACAAAAAGCCAGAGAAGCUACCCAAAGGGCAACGCAGGAAGAGCUGAAAAUCAAGAUUCAGGCUAAGCAAGAAGAAUCUGCAAACCGCCGAGAGGAGAAUAUAGAGCAAAUCAAGCAGAGAGCACUCGAGUGUUGUUUCUUCCGCACGGAUGUUGCCCCUAGAUUAGCUCCAUAUGAGACACACAAACUGUGCACACUGUGCAAUGUUUGGAUUGGAUCUGAUGUGUAUCUUGUGAGCCAUUUGCGAGGCCGCCAACACCAGCAGGAAGUAAAAACUCAACUGGGAGGCAAAGAUGUGAGUCGGGAUGAGCUGGAGGUUUUCAGUCUCAAGCACAUUGAAGAGGCACCAGCUAAUAGCACGGACAAAAAACUGGAAUUGGACAGAGAGCGACAAAGAGCUCUGAAAAAGAAGUUCAAAAAGAUCCGCUUGAGGAUGAUUGCAAAGGGCCAAGAGUAUGAAAGCAACAGAGAGGUUCAAACAACAACUGACUCGCCAUCAAAAUCCAGAAUCCAGAAGUGUCUCAGAGACAUUGAAAGGCUUAUCAAUGCCCAAGGAAAAGGCUUGUGGAGCGAUCCAGCAAUAACUGCUUUGGAAAGGGCCCUUUCAGAAAUUUGCAGGAUUUUUGAAAAAAAGAAUUCAAUGGACAAGCUCGUGUUUCUUAACUUGGGAGGAAUGAACCUCUUAUCUCAGCUGCUAGCACUGGCGAUGGAAAGUACGCCAGGUUCACCUCUUUUUAUUCCAAUCAAAUGUUUCUUGACUGUUUGCAAUGCAUACACCUUGGCGUGCACCGAAAAUGACUUGAACUGUCGCUAUGUCAUCCUCAGCAAUAAAAUAAGCGCCAUCAUGGACCUACUUCUCGACCGACUAUCUAAUACCAUACCUCAGAAACCUAGAAGCGGAUCAUCCCUUUCAAUUUGCACUGAUAGCCUUGCAGGUUCCCUCAUGAAUCUGCUAGGUAUGAUUCUGGAGCAAGCUGUGCCUGGAGCUGCGAUUCAAAAUGAUGAUCAACUUGCGCCUCGCUUGCAGGAUGUCGUGAGCUACGUUGUGUGCAUGGGUUUGCUGGAGAAGCUGGCCGCCUGCUGCAGCUCUGUGCGGGACCCGAUCGACGACGACCCCAGCAGUGCCGCCUUUCUCCUCUCCACCCUCAGACUGCUGCGGUCCCUUGUAGCGUGUGCCAGGACAGGUGGUUGCGGAGCGAUUCGUCAGGACGUGUCUCAACUGGGCGCCACACUGAGAAUAACCGAGCUGAUGGGCGGCGUGUCCAUGCUGUACGGUAUGCUGUUGCAUCAGGGGGCGCCGCCCCGCACCGGCUCGGCGCCGCCGCCACCCUUGCCGGCGCACACCGUGGCCGUGGUCGUGGAGACGCUGCGGCUGCUGCAGCAGGUGGCAGAGAUGGACCUCAAUCUCUUCCAGGGCGUUUUAGGCGCUGAGGGCAUGUCCCUGCAGUUCAGGCACUUGGCUAGCUACCUCCUUUGGGCCUGCAGCAGCACCGAGUCGCCAGAGUACGAGGAACUCCUGCAAGGGGUCGUCCGCAUUGUUGGCUUCUUUGCUGUCAAAAACCACGACAACCAGAUGACAAUUCAGUCUGGCUUCACUCCAACUGUCCUGCAGCAGCUAUGCAACCUGCCCAUCCAGUACUUCAGUGAGGAGCGCCUGACAGCCGUGCUGUUGCCCACUCUGCUGGCCUGUUGCUGGGACAACCCAGAAACGCGAGCCGUGCUGGAACAGGAAAUUGGAUUUGAGAUGUUGGAAAAGUUCAAGACAUCAGAAGCUGGCCAGAAGGACUCGAUUGUGUCUCUCCUUGAAAGUCCAUCCUCUAACAAAAAUGAAAGUCCAAAAAAGUGAAAGUCGUCGCACAUCAAUUUUAAAUUACAGCCGCAGAAUAGAGAGAAAUUUUGUAGUUUUUGGCUUAACUAGAGAUUACAUUCCACCGUUACAUUACAUUAAUAUAUUACAUUAAUAUAAUGUAGUAAACGCAAUGUGAAUGAUACCAUUUUUUUAUUAUUUAACUAUAUCACAUUUUCCUUGACCGCCGAGUACCAUAAUUAACCAAAUAAUAGUAUUUACAUGCAGUUCUAGUUUCUUCAAGACUGAAUCAUGUAUGAUCUACAACCUAUUCUUUAGCACUUCCGGUUUUAGUUGCAUUGUUUGUUUAAAACUCCACUCGUACUAAUUGUGAUACAAACACUGAACACCUCAGCCUAAUAAAGAACUUAAUGCUA